AUGCCUCUCGAAAAUCGACCGCAAUUUCACCGCAUACCCCUUAGGAAGCGAAAUCCGGCUGUCGUGCGGGCUCUUAACCCAAUGCUGGUGACCUAUUUGGAAGCCAGCCGGGACCUUUGCGAGACGGACUCAAUUCUUUUUGGCGCCGCACUGGCAGUAUGCCGUAUUAUUGGCGCCAAACUUCCCACGGCUGGACGUGCUACUCGACAAAGUAGCGCCAUCCCAGCCUGGAAAAAGAGAAUUGAGGACCGUAUCGCAAAGGCAAGGGCCCUUAUCGGCAGACUGAGAAGCUUCAGGUCUGGUAAUAAUAGACCGAGAGUUGUGCGCACCGUUAGAAUGGCAUUUGCUGGGACAAAUAUUAGUUUGUCCCAGCCGGAUAUCACGCAGAAACUAACGGAGCGCAUAGAUGACCUGAAGCAAAAAAUCGCUGCUUGGGGGAAGCGGAUUCGACGAUUUAGCGAGAGGUCAAGACGGUUCAACCAGAGUCGUCUCUUUCAGAGUGAUCAGAAGAGGCUCUAUAAAUCAAUGGAGCGAAUAAAGGUAUGUGGAGCGGACCCAGGACCGGAUCAGGCUGACACUGUCGGAUUUUGGCGUGGCCUGUGGUCGGAACCCGUAAACCACAACGAGGGCCCAUGGAUGGAAGUUGUGGCGAGCCAGAGUGCGAGUGUUACGCCUAUGGACCCCGUCACCAUAACGCCAGAAACGUGGCUGAGGCGGUCCGUAGGGCCCCGAACUAGAAAAGUCCGGGGCUCGACGGACUGCAUCAUUACUGGCUGA